CAAAAUGUCAUACUUUUUAAGGUCUUAGUUAUGGAUGCUGGCUCAGUAGUUGAAUUCGACCAUCCACAUGUACUUCUUCAAAACAGAGAUGGAAUGUUAUUUGACUUGGUGAAAAAAACUGGUCCUGGGGUGUCCGAUACGCUUAAAAAAGUAGCUCAAGAGAAUUAUGAAGCCAGAAAAUCUAAUGCAGCCCAGUCACAAAAACCGAAGGCUGUCCAACCAGGGGGUUCUGUACAAUCACAAAGAGACAAUGCAACUCAACCACUAAGAGAUAGUGAUGAAGAAGAAGAGUCACCGAGAAAUGGUUGAUAGUUGGAUGACCCAUUUUAUAUGACUGCUGCCUUUCAUGUGGAUAUCAAUAAAUGUUUUUUAUUUUAGAAAAAUCUUGA